GAAAAGAGUCUACAUUUGUGGCCAGCAUGUACCAGUGACCCACAAACAGGGUUGUCUGAUCAGACCGGAUGACGUCUCCCGGUAGAAAUGAAGAUCAUGCCUUUUAUAAGGAUUCACCUCAUCAGUACACUUCGUGAAAUAACAGUUGAUCCUUGUGCUAUUCUCGAGCCAGCAAGAGUUUGGGUUCAACAGCAAACAGACAAUUGGUACAGUGUGACCUCACAGCAGCAUGAAGAGUCAACUGGAGGGGACAGUCAUCCUCACAGAGCUCAGAGGUCAUCUUCAGGCCACACUAGGAUCAGCAGGGCGGUCCUGGGUGGAGGCGUCGCUAUCAACACCCUGCCAGACAACAUGACACGCGUUGUGGAGGAUUCUGGGAAGUAUUACACAUGGCGUAGCUUUGGCCCAAAAGACCCGCGCACAGAGGAACUAUGGGUCGACAUGAGUGACGUUCGGCAUGGCCAAGUUAGAGUCCAUGGCAUUCUGUCAAAUUCAUACAAACAGGCAGUGAGGGUUGCUCUAUCAUUUGACUUUCCUUUCUACGGACAUUACCUGAGGCAGAUUACCAUAGCAACAGGAGGGUUUAUCUUCACAGGGGACAUUACUCACCGUAUGCUGACUGCAACACAGUACAUCGCCCCUCUAAUGGCAAAUUUUGACCCCAGCUAUUCAAAGGAGUCCACUGUGCAAUACCUGGAUAAUGGUGAAGUGUUUGUGGUCCAGUGGGAGCGGGUCAGACUCCCAGGAAAAGAGUCAGAAGGAGCCUUUACAUUUCAGGCUGCGCUUUACAAGACAGGAGCCAUCACGUUCAGCUACCGAGAUAUACCACUGGCAUUAGAUGUGAUCAGUUCAGCUGAACACCCAGUGAAGGCCGGUUUGUCUGAUGCAUUCAUGGUCACGCCACCUUCUCGUGAAUCCCCAGAUGCCCAACGGCAGACAAUUUAUGAGUACCAUCGGGUGGAGGUAGAUACUACAAAGAUCACCAGCUACUCUGCUGUUGAGUUAACUCCACUGCCAAACUGCCUGCAGCAUGACAGCUGUGAGCUCUGCCUCUCAUCCAAUCAAACUUCUGGGUGUAGCUGGUGCCAUGUACUUCAGAGGUGUUCAGAUGGCAUGGAUAGACACAGACAAGAAUGGCUGGACUACGGAUGCUCAGAAGAGAGCAAAAAUGGAACCUGUGAGGAUUACUCCAGGGGUGACAGCUCCACUGGUUUCUCUAUCAUACCCGAGAUGGAGUAUGUGACCUCAUUGACUCCUCUACAAAAAACCUGCGAAAGUGACGAUGAGACAAAACAACAUAUAUUUAAGACUGGCAAAGAUGUGAGGACAGAUUCUUCAACCAAGAGUGACAGGGGAGCUAACUCCGGAGUGAUAGCUGGUAUAGCAGCUGCACUGGUGUUACUUUUGGCUCUGAUACUGGUAGCUAUUUACAUCAACUACCAUCCCACUGCUGCUUCACCACUUUACCUCAUCCAGCGACGCAAGAGCUACUGGCCUUCCUUGAAGUUUCAGAAGCAACAACCUGGUUACACAGAAGUGGAAGGAGAAGGUCAUGAAAAAGACAGCAUUGUUGAAGCCGGGCCAUGUUGAAAUGACGGAAUGAUGGAUAAAUAUUUGCAUUGAACAGAUUUCUAUAAAUAUAUACAUUUGUUCAAAGCCAGUUCAACUUUUACACCCAGUUUUUUUUUUAUUACAGGUGUUCAUGACUUCAUUGGAAAAAGAUGACAUUUUUGCAACACUGUGUAUAUUAUAGAUGAAUGUUAUAUAAUGUUGAAAAACAAAAUUUAUAUCCCUGCAGCAAUGAAAGGUGUUUGCAAUCCACCUCUUUUUUUUUAAAACAAUACUAAGCAUUGAAAUUGACUAUAAUAAACUGCGCAAUGCAUGCACAAGGUUGACAACCUUUGAUAAAAUACACAUGCUGCUGUACAUCAAAUAAAUAAAGCUUUGGGUGUGCUUCAGUUUCAAUUCCUGUU